GCAGCAUCCUCCAGGCCCGGCCCCUCCACCCCCCGCGCGCGGAUGGUACGCUCCGGUCCUCCUGGCCCGGCUGCGGUGGAUGUUGCUAGAACCCACGCGGAGGAAGGAAGAGACGCAGGCAGGCUGCGGUGACCCAAGCGGCCGCCCCUGCCUCAGGGACCCCUUUCCCGAGAGACAGACGGCACCAUGACCCAGGGCAAGAUCUCCGUGGCUAACAAGGCCCCCGGGACCGAGGGGCAGCAGCAGGUGAAUGGCGAGAAGAAGGAGCCUCUGGCAGUGCCCUCGGCCCCGCCCUCCUAUGAGGAGGCCACCUCUGGGGAGGGGCUGAAGGCAGGAGUCUUCCCCCCAGGCCCCACGGCUGUGCCUCUCCACCCAAGCUGGGCCUAUGUGGACCCUAGCGGCAACUCCGGCUAUGACAAUGGUUUCCCCGCCGGAGACCAUGAGCUCUUCACCACCUUCAGUUGGGACGAUCAGAAAGUUCGGCGAGUCUUCAUCAGAAAGGUCUACACCAUCCUGCUGCUCCAGCUGCUGAUGACUCUGAGUGUUGUGUCUCUCUUUACCUUCUGUGACAUCGUCAAGAACUAUGUCCAGACCAACCCAGGCUGGUACUGGGCAUCCUAUGCUGUCUUCUUUGCAACCUACCUGAUCCUGGCUUGCUGUUCUGGACCCAGGAGGCACUACCCCUGGAACCUGAUUCUCCUGACCAUCUUUACCCUGUCCAUGGCCUACCUCACUGGGAUGUUGUCCAGUUACUACAACACCACGUCCGUGCUGCUGUGCCUGGGCAUCACGGCCCUCGUCUGCCUCUCGGUCACCGUCUUCAGCUUCCAGACCAAGUUUGACUUCACCUCCUGCCAGGGUGUGCUCUUCGUGCUGCUCAUGACUCUAUUCUUCAGCGGACUCAUCCUAGCCAUCCUCCUGCCCUUCCAAUAUGUGCCCUGGCUCCAUGCAGUCUACGCAGCUCUGGGAGCAGGCGUGUUUACAUUGUUCCUGGCAUUUGACACCCAGUUGCUGAUGGGUAACCGACGCCACUCGCUGAGCCCUGAGGAGUAUAUUUUUGGAGCCCUCAGCAUUUACCUAGAUAUCAUCUAUAUCUUCACCUUCUUCCUGCAGCUUUUUGGUACCAACCGGGAAUGAGAAGCCCUCCCCAGCCCCACCUUCCUCCAGAGAAUGCUGCCUCCCUGGUCCUCUGACCCUCCCCCCUGCUCCUGCAAAACCAGAUAUAAAACUAGCUGCCAACCCAGCCUGUGGCCGGGCUGCUCACUCCCCACAGCCCAGCCCUCACCCUCACCCUCACCCCUGCAGCUUGUACAUAUGCCGGCGGGGCCCUGCGGAGCUGAGGACACAUCAUCCCCUGUGCUGCCCUUUCCUCCCAGUUACAUCUCCCAAACUGGGACAGACGAGGCUGAAGGCUCCUCUGGGUUUGAGGGCCCAGGGAAUAGGUGGGAAGAGUCCAACAGGAUUUCAGAUGUGGGAGAGACCCCAGGAUGCCUGUGCCCCACUGAGAUUCCUGCUAGGGCCCCCACAACCAUGUGACCUUGGGGCACACUGUCCAGUGUCCAGCCUACCCCUCCUCUGUCUCUCUCUCUUCCAGGUCAGGCAUUGACACUUUGUAAGAAAGGUGGGGGGCACAGCUGGGAGGGCAGGGGUGCUCUGCAGGAGAGGGGGUGUGGGUGGACAGAAUGGCUGUCACCAGCUGCCCAUCUUCUCUCAGCUCUGGGACCAGUGGCUUAUUCUAGGGACUUGGGUCUUGGGACCAAGGGCAAUGGGAAAGGGCCAGGAAGCCAGGGCCAUCUCUUGCUUGCCUUGAUUUACCCUCCUGGGUCAUGAGGGUACUGUUGGGGCAGGAGGAAGGGGCAGGGGGCCCUGUUCCUAAGUGAGGGCCUGUCCUGGGGUUCGCAGGGAGGUGGCAGGAGGGCAGCCGAAUGGGAGGUCCGGGGCCUGCGAUACCAUCAGUCCACACAGACCUGUGUCUGCCUGGGAGGUGUUCAGGUUUGCAGGGCUGAGACCCACAUCCUCUCUUCUCUCCACCCCCCAGGCUCUUCCACAGGCCUGAGGCUGAGGGAGGUGUGCUUGGGCCCUCUGGGUGGAUGUUCUGGGGGGCGGAGGGACUCGUUCUAGCUGCUGGGCCAGCCCCAUCUGGAGGGAAUCAUACCCUGCCCCAGCCCUGACCUGAGACUGUGCCAGAGUCCCUUCAGCACCUCUUAUUUCCUAACCCUCCCCCACCUGCUGCCGCUAGCUGGCUCAUCCCCAGCCAGGCCUCCUGAGGCCUUGCAGUUGGCAGUGCCCACGUCCCUGCCCCUAGCUUCCCUGGCCACUCACUCAGCCCAGAGUCUCCAAGCCCCUCCUGCCUUAUCUCUGCAUCUCUCCGAUUUGGAGGCUGUCCAGCUGAUGCUAACAGCCAGGCCAGUCCUUCCAGCUGGUCCCAUGUGAUGAGGCCAGGGCUGCUUAUCAGCCUCUAGGCGGCUGGGAUCUCAGGCAGGGUGUGCGUCAGCCACCCGGCCCGUGGCGGAGUGCCUGCUGGGGAGGGGACGGGGGCCCACACCUGGGGAGCCAGUGGAAAGUUACUGUGUGCAGACGGGGAGACUCUGUGUGCAUAGCAGGACCCUCCCUUGGCCCCUUCCUCCUGGACUCUCUUCUCUUCCUGCUCUGCUGGGGCUCCCUUUGCCGGGAGGGAGACUAGGUAUGCUGUCUGUUCAUUCCCAAUCCUACCCUUCCUACUUCCAGCUUUCAAGAAAUAUUACAAAAGCAUUUGAAGUUUC